UUUUGUCGCGGCCCCGGUUUCAAAGUGCCGCCUGGUCUCGGGUUUGGUGCGUGCCGCUGCUGCUGCCGCUCUGAGAGCCAGCCCAGGGAGUCCACACCGGGCCACUCCCCAUGUGGUUGAACCGCGGCCUUAGGAUCAUGGGCCUAGGCCCAGGCCCAGGCCCAGGCCCAUGCCCGCUCCGAGCCGCCGGCCGCCUUCUCAAUCCUUCCCGCUCCAACGGCAGCAAGAUCGGUUCGAAACCACUCGACACAUCCCUGUUUGUACCGUUAGCGCCCAGAGUGAUCCCGGGGCCCGGGGGAAAUGUGGGAGCAGAACUGAGCAAGGAGCUGAAUAGGACUGAGGCUCUCAGAACAUUGAACAAGUUCUACAAAAGGAAGGAGAUGCAGAGACUGGGCAGUGAGAAUGGGCUGGAUGCUCGCCUUUUCCACCAGGCCUUCAUUAGUUUUCGAAAGUAUGUGAUGGAAGUUGAAUCCCUGAAUGUGGAUUUGCACAUCAUCCUCAAUGAUAUAUGCUGUGGUGCAGGUCACAUUGAUGAUCUCUUUCCUUAUUUCCUGAGACAUGCCAAACAAGUGUUCCCAAUGUUGGACUGUAUGGAGGAUCUGCGCAAAAUUAGUGAUCUAAGGUUACCAGCCAACUGGUACCCUGAGGCCAGAGCGAUUCAGAGAAAAAUCGUCUUUCAUGCUGGGCCAACAAACAGUGGAAAGACACACCAUGCCAUCCAGAGCUUCUUGGCAGCCAAGUCCGGAGUCUAUUGUGGUCCUUUGAAGCUGCUUGCACACGAGAUCUAUCAAAAGAGCAAUGAUGCUGGAGUGUCAUGCGACUUGGUGACUGGGGAAGAACGAACCUUUGUUGAUCCAGGCGGGAGGCAGUCAGCUCAUGUUGCUUGUACCAUCGAAAUGUGCAGUGUAACAACACCGUAUGAAAUUGCUGUAAUUGAUGAAAUCCAGAUGAUUAGAGAUCCUUCUAGAGGCUGGGCCUGGACCAGGGCACUGUUGGGACUUUGUGCAGAAGAAAUCCAUAUCUGUGGAGAAGCUGCAGCUGUUAACCUGGUGAUGGAGCUGAUGUAUGACACAGGAGAGGAAGUUGAGAUUGAAAGUUACAAGCGGCUAACUCCCAUGACUGUUCUGGACUCGGCCCUGGAGUCUCUGGACAAUCUGCGUCCUGGUGACUGUAUUGUGUGCUUCAGUAAAACCGAUAUCUAUUCACUGAGUCGUCAAAUUGAGGCUCGUGGACUGGAAUGUGCAGUGAUAUAUGGCAGUCUCCCACCUGGAACAAAGCUGGCUCAAGCAAAGAAAUUCAAUGAUACUGAGGAUCCCUGUAAGAUCAUGGUCGCUACUGAUGCCAUUGGGAUGGGUUUGAAUCUGAGCAUAAAACGCAUCAUUUUCAAUUCUCUGGUGAAACCAAGUAUAAAUGAGAAGGGAGAGAAGGAGAUGGACAGGAUAACCACUUCACAGGCCCUGCAGAUUGCCGGGAGAGCUGGCAGGUUCAGCUCAGCCUUUAAGGAAGGGGAAGUUACUACAAUGCAUCGUGACGACCUUCCAGUGCUCCAAGAAAUCUUGAGCAGGACUGUCGAACCCAUCGAGACAGCGGGAUUGCACCCCACAGCGGACCAGAUUGAGAUGUUUGCUUACCAGCUGCCUGAUGCCACCUUGUCGAACCUGAUUGAUAUAUUUGUGAGCCUUUCGCAGGUAGACGGACUAUAUUUUGUUUGCAAUAUUGAUGAUUUCAAGUUCCUGGCUGACAUGAUUCAGCAUAUCCCGCUGAACCUCCGUGUGCGAUACAUCUUCUGCACCGCACCAAUCAACAGGAAGCAUCCCUUUGUCUGCACCUCCUUUCUAAAGUUUGCCAGACAAUUCAGCAGGAAUGAGCCACUGACAUUCGAGUGGCUAUGUCGUCACAUUAACUGGCCACUGACACCACCAAAAAACAUCAAAGACCUUGUACACUUGGAGGCUGUACAUGAUGUAUUGGAUCUAUACCUGUGGCUAAGUUACCGGUUCAUGGACAUGUUCCCAGAUGUGAAUCUUGUGCGAGAUAUUCAAAGUGAACUGGACAGCAUCAUUCAGAUUGGAGUGACGAAUAUCACCCGCCUGAUCCGUGCAUCGGAUUCUGCCUCCACGGCAACCACCACAGGACCUGAUGAUGCUUCUGUUUAUAGAGGGAUAUGGACAAAUGGCAGGAUAAAUAUGGAAGGCACGAUUACCAAGGAUCGGGCCGACAGCGGAUCAAGGCAAAUUCGCGGGUCAAAGGCUUUAGGCUACAGAGUGGUGGUUGGUAAAGCAGAUGUGCCUGAGAGAGCUGGCGACUCUUUGAGUACAAGGCUGGUUCAGCAAGGACACCUCACAGCUGAAUUACUGCAGCAGCUUCAAGAGGAGUGGUCAGCAAGCCAGGUACAUGGUCUCCAAGCUCCAGGAGAUUCUGCUGCUCAAGAUCUGAGUAAAAUUACUUCCAAAGGAUUGAGAAAGAAGAAGAAGAAAUAAAUUCACCAUAUUUAUUCAACUCUGAAAAUUUUUUUUCCAGUUUAAACAAUAAAGAAGUGAUUGGACUGAG